AUGUAUAUAUUCUGCCGCUCGCGCCGACCGCCCGCGGGCAUGGCGACUACAGGCAGCGCAGCGGGCCGCAGGGACCCGGGACGACCCUGCCCCUUCUCCAUCGAGCACAUCCUCUCCAGCCUGCCGGAGCGCAGGCCCUCGGUGAGGCCACUACAGCCCGUCGGUGGCCGGAACCCCGCCGAGCCCGACGAACCCGAGGCGCCCGCCGCCGCUGCGCCCUGCGCCUGCUGCUGCUGCUGCGGUCCGCGCCCCGCGCCCCGCGGAGCCCCGGAAGCGACCUCCGGGCAGGGCGUGCGCUUAGCGUGGCCGCUGAGGCUGGCGCCGGCGCCGCCCUCCCCCUUGACGGCGCCCAGCGCAGGUUCCCCGGCGCCGACCGGCCCGAGCGGCACCGGGCCGCAGCGGCGCACGCGGCGCCACCGUACCAUCUUCAGCCAGGAGCAGCUGCAGGCGCUCGAGGCGCUCUUCAUCCAGAACCAGUAUCCCGACGUGGGCACGCGCGAACGCUUGGCGGUCCGCAUCCGCCUGCGGGAGGAGCGCGUGGAGGUCUGGUUCAAGAACCGCCGGGCCAAGUGGCGACACCAAAAGCGUGCUUCAUCAUUGAGGCUCCUGCCUGGGACCAAGAAGCCUCCAAAGGAGAGCUGUUGAUGGUGUCUGCAGUUUUCCCGGCUUUGGCGGUGAUGCCGAGAACAACAGAGUAGGAGGGGACAGACCUACUUGAUCAGGAACUAGGAGAGGACGACGGCCUCUUCGUUGCUCUUGCAGUGUCCAGCUGCCCAGUGCUGGGAGAGAGGGGAUCCAAAGCCCUCCCUUCAUGGGAAGUGUCAUCUGCACAGUCCUGGGUUUACUGUGUCCUCAGAGGCCCUGCACUGGACCUUCGUGUCAGGACCUGCAGGAUAAGAAGGCUAUGGUUGGUAAUUUCUGUAUCUCUGCACCUGCCCCUUCAUCUCAUCCUUGUGUUGAUGUCAAGAAAUAAACAAGACGUACAAAU